GGGCCCAUGGAGGACCAGCGAGGGGCCGAAGCCAAGGAAGACGACUCUGCCCUAACGCCGUCUCUCUGUCUUUUCAAACUCCCAGGGGACGAUGCCGAAUUCCGGCUCAUCCUGGUUGGAAAGUCUGGCGGUGGGAAGAGUGCGACGGGCAACACCAUCCUCGGCCGACCGGCGUUCAAGUCCCUGUUGGCGGCCAAGACCACCACGGUCGAGUGUCAAAGGGCGCAGGGAACCUGGAAGAGGAAGACGAUUUCCGUCCUCGACACACCCGCUCUGUUCGACGCCGAAAAGACGGAGACCUCCCUGGAAAAGCAUCUCGAAAGCUGCCGUCAGAUGUGCUGCACCGGUCUCCACACCUUCAUUUUGGUCACCCAGGUGGGGCGCUUCACUGCUGAAGACGUGGCCGCCGCCAAGCAGGUCCAGAAACUCUUCGGGGACAAAUCCGCCUCCCGAACUAUCAUUCUGUUCACCUGCAAGGAGGACCUGGGAGGGGACGACCUGGAGACGUACGUCAGCGAGGCCAAGAACAAACACCUGUGUAAGCUGAUGGAGAAGUGCAACCGUCGCUUGUGCGGAUUCAACAACAAGGCCGAGGGAGGCGAGCGGGAGGAGCAGGUCGACAAGCUGAUGAGGAUGGUGGAGAUGAUAACCAAGGAGAAUCAAGGGGAGUCGUAUGUCAUCCCGGAAGGUCCCGAAAAAUAA